UGUCACAGAAAUAUUUUGAUCAUAGUAUGCCCGUGUUUUGUAUGGAUAGAGGAAUAUUCCCCAUCAUAUUUUUCAUUCUCAUUCAAAAUGGAAGUGGAGAGGAGUGUACAAAGGUUAUGAACAAUCGACACUAUUCAUGUGAAGGAAGGAAUCUCACAUAUAUACCUACCAGUAUUCCUUCCACCGUAGAGACACUAGACUUCAGUUUUAACUUGUUGCCUUCUUUACAAAAGCAUCUAUUUCCUCCACUGUAUGAUUUGCAGUUCCUGGACCUCACAAGAUGCCAAAUCCAGUAUAUUGCUGAUGACGCUUUCCACAAUGUGAAGAAUGUGACUACUCUAAUUCUUACUGGAAACCCCAUUUCAUAUACAGCACCUGACAGCUUGAACUCAUUACAUAAAUUACAGAGAUUAGUUCUCGUGGACAUUGGCCUGCUGUCUUUAAAUGUUCAGUUCAACAAUCUCACCAAGCUCCAGGAACUAAAAGCUGGAACUAACAAGAUUCAAACAAUUGCUCUUCCACUAUUCAUGAUCAACUUUAAAGACUUUUGCAUACUGGACCUGCAUGCAAAUAACAUAUCCAGCUUAAAAGUAAAUCACACAGCUGUACUGCGAGAGAUGAGGGGAAAUAUCACUCUAAUCCUUUCCAGCAACCCAAUAUUACAUAUUGAACCAGGAGUAUUUAAGGACAUUUACCUAAAAGAGCUUAACAUACAUAGUGCUUUUGUUUCAUUUGAUGCAAUGAGGUAUGGUCUGAAAGCUCUCAGUGGUCUUAAUGUUGGAAAACUCGCCAUAGGAAACUACAUAGAGCACAGGGCGAUAAAGAUAUCAGAUGCUGACUAUCAUGGUCUGUGCUUGAUAUAUUUCACAGUAAUAUUUUUAUCUCCAAAGAGAACAGUCACCUUCUAACAUCCACCCAUUUCACUGUAUGCUCAAUGCAAUGAAAAUCCCUCUGAGAAGAGGAUGCAUGACAGACAUGUCCCAUUUCAUCAACUUUGUCAACUAUACAUAGGUCCCCAUGGUUUAUCUGUAAUACC